AUGACAGCGAAGCAAUCCUUUUCCACAAGCUAUCUGCUUCCUUCCCCUGAAUUAGGUGUACCUAGGGGGAAAAUAGAGCCUGCCGCUGCGCCCGCGAAUCGGCAUCCUACAAAGCCACUUGAAUUGGAUGCUAUUGGACCUCAGGCCCAUUGGAAUCACGAGGUUCACCCGCGUGCAUUUACAAGGAUGCUGCAUUCUCCUUUACCACAGUGGAGUGUCAUUCAUACAUGCACAAGGCAAUUAAACGUCCCUCCAAACGACGAUGUCCUUUCAUGCCGUAAUUACGGAGCGUCGAAGGGGCUUGAUACCAAAGAACUUGUGCAAGUUGUACCCUCUUCACAAUUGGCAGCAUUACCGGCAUCAUCGACGGAGCCUUCAAAUUUGCAAACUAAAAAAUCUCAAAAGGUUUUCAAGCUUGAAAGUUUGAUUGCAGACCAUUUACAUGCUGAAGAUCCAAUUAGAAAACACAUUGAAAAGGGGGCAAACGGUGGGAUUCAAGUAAUGCAGUGGAAAUUUAUGCGCAACGCAAGAUUGACUACCAGCGCAUUUUUGAAGGCUGUCGAUGAAAUUGCCGCUCUGGAAUCUUUUAAUUGUCCAACAAAAUCCACUCGUGAUGAAGAAAUGGAUGUUCAUAUUAUUUCGCGCUCCGGAAUCAGAAGUAUAGAGUCCCUUCCUUUAGAUGAUCCUAGACAUAUAAUCACACCGGACACUGUUAGCGCAUGUUCCUUUUUCCGUCUUUUCGACAUUAUAAAGGUGGGGCCCUGGAAGAUCGUUUCUGAGCUAGGUUCAGGAUCUACUUCAAGGGUCAAACUGGCCGUUCAUGAAUUGACCGGGGUAAAAGCCGCCGUAAAAAUCAUUCCACGCGAAAUUCGGGAAUCUGUCGUUACAUCUGAAAUCUUGGCGGCCCAAAAGGCGCUCGAUAAAGCAUAUGAAAAUGAACUGAAGGCUGCAGGCAAGCAUGUGCCUGGCAAGGGAAAGGCUGCGCCAGAACCACGUGCUGUUCGUGAUACACGCAUUCACAGGGAAAUUUCAAUGUUAAAAGUGCUUACAAGCUCUCAACACCCCUCGAUUCUAAAAUUAAAGGACGCCAUUUGGGGUGAGCGGCUUGUUUUGCUGAUCCUUGAUUAUGCUCCGGGAGGAUCUCUUUUAACCCGGCUAACAUCCAAAAAGGGCCGGUUUUCUGAAGAAGAGGCUCGUCCCAUUUUCAAGUCUCUUUUAACCGGAGUGGCCUUUCUUCAUUCUGCUGGAAUUGUCCAUCGAGAUUUGAAAAUCGAAAACAUUUUACUGGAUUCGCAAGAGAGGCAGUCUUUUAUCAUUGAUUUUGGCCUUGCAAACUUUUUUUAUUCCAUGGCUCUUGAAGUGUCUUCUUCGCAUUCGCAGAUGAACACAGGCUUUUCUGCAGCUAAUGAUGAAAUUUCCAAGUUAGCCCAAUCAAAAAAUUCGGUAUCAUCACCAUGUACUGGCUCUUCGUUCCAUUUGCUUGAUACAUUUUGUGGCUCCCUUUAUUAUGCAGCACCAGAGCUGCUGGCAGGCCGCGCAUAUCCUGGGCCUGCAGUUGACAUUUGGUCUUUGGGUGUGAUCCUUUUUGCAAUGAUCGCCGGAAAAGUUCCAUUUGAUGUACCUGGAGAUCGGGUAUCUGCUCUUCAUGCGCAAAUUAUAAAGGGCCAACCGUUUUCGGCCCUUCCAGAAGGCUCCUCUCCGGCCUUUGUUAACCUGAUUUCAAAAAUGCUCAAAGUGGACCAUAAAGUAAGAUCUACAGCCAGGGAGUUAUUAAUGGAAGACGCUUGGAUACUGGCUUCUUGCACUUCGGGCUUAAUCUGCACAGAACUCGCGUGUAUUCCCUACCCUUCUGAUCAACCCCGUUGGGGCCCAAAAAUCCCGGCAUCUAGAAAACAUUGCUGUCGAGGCAGGAGUGUUGAUUUAGAAUCUGAAUUCCAGAAUUCAAAGUUUGGCAACAUGCUCGAAGCCUCCAAUAGCCAGGAAAGUUUGUCGAAUGGUGGGGCCGGUGUUGAUUUUUUCAAGGCCAGUUUCUUUGACCAUGAGCAGGCAAUGCAGCCUCACACGUUUUCGAAUCAAUGCUGCUCUUGUUGUUUGGAAUUGAAGCGCAAUCAAUAUCAGAUCCUUAAUGAAGGCCUUUGGGUAACUCUGAACACGCCAUUGAAUCCGUCGUCUUCAGAGUCUGUGGCCUCCCUUGCGGUUGAAGAAUUGGAGAUCCUUUUGGCAUUUCAAUAUCCACAACCUCUUUUGAAGGCAACGCUCGAGUCUUUCUUUAAAAAUAGCAAAAAAGUGGCCCCAUGUUCCCCAAUGUGUCCUUGGCCUUUGGUUUCUUUGUUUUUGUUGGUCAUUCUUAAGAGUAAUAAUCAGGAAAUUCCGAUCCUUAGGAAUGGAGAUCUAUGGGUGGUAUUUUUUGGGAUCCCAUCUCCAAAACCGCCCAUCAAACUACUUGAGGAUUGUAGAGAACAGAUUCUUGCCGAGCUAAGACCGGUAGCACCGAGCGUAAGUGAUAUGCAAAAUCCAGAGAUUCAGGCCCUUUCUUAUAACUUGAGAACCAUAUACCUUAAUGGCCUGUUCAAGGUCGAGUUUCUUUCUGGUUGUUCGUGGCGCUCCCAAGGUGAAAUGCUCGACAGAUUGGCCUUGAGCUUGGGGCAUCUCCCAGGCGUCAUUGGUGGCGUUGUUCCGGUGUCGAUUUCAAGGUUCACACAUGAAGAUGCUAUUAAAUUGAGAAGCAGCUCGCUCUACCAUCCCUCAUAUUGCAAAUAUAUUGUUACAUUACAGAUUCCUCCCGAUGAUCGUUGGAAAGAGGCAAAGGAACUUUCAAUCCGGUCUGUGUCCGGAAAACCGCUCCAAAUAUUUCCAAUGAUGUCAAUGAGUGUCGAAAUGGUAAAGGUUUUCUGGACCCAAUCCUAUGGUCUUAUAUUCCAACAUUUCUCUGGAUCUUUGGAAACAUUCUAUCAAAUCAAAAUGCUCAUUCAUAGCCUCGUUGAAAAGGGAAAAGUUCCAGCUUCCGGGUCCGUGAUGGGUUUUUUACAUUAA